AUGGAGCGGCUGGGCAUCGCAUUGCUGCUGGUGACUGCAGUGAGCAGCCAGAAUGACCGGAUCAUCGGUGGCGCCCCCUGCAAGCCUCACUCCAUGCCCUGGCAGGCCGCCCUCUUUGUGGGCUCCCAGCUCAACUGUGGAGGGACCCUGAUUGCCAGGAACUGGGUGGUCACCGCAGCCCACUGCCACGUCAGUUGCCCCAUCAGUGUGCGCCUGGGAGAGCACAACAUCAAGCAUCUGGACUGGACAGAGCAGCUGAGACUCUCAGAGAAAACAAUCCGCCACCCCCGCUAUAACCCCGCCAGCAAGGACAAUGACAUCAUGCUCAUCAAAUUGCUCACCCCGGCUAACUUCAACAAAAAUGUCCAGCCCCUGGAGCUACCUACCAGUUGCCCCUCCUCCGGGGAGGAAUGUGUGAUAUCCGGAUGGGGAACAACAAAAAGCCCUCAAUUGUACUUCCCACCUGUUCUCCACUGUGGCAACGUCUCCAUUUUCUCCAAGGAACAGUGCCGCAGUAUCUACCCUCGCUACUACACCGAGAACAUGCUGUGUGCUGGGGUGCUGGAAGGGGGAAUAGACACAUGCCAGGGAGAUUCCGGGGGACCCCUACUCUGCAAUGGGAAACUCCAGGGCAUUGUGUCUUGGGGGACCCAGACAUGCGCACUGCCCAACAAACCAGGUGUCUACAUCAGCGUCUGUAAAUACAUCGACUGGAUCCGGGAGACCAUGAACAACAACUGA